AUGCUCCAGUGGCCAUCACUUGCAGGAACGCCACAUGCUCCACUGCCCACCGGCGUCGCUGGCCUUUCUCGGUCGGAUCUCACUCUUCAGCCCCAGUUCGCGAUCUGUCUGCUGACGUCCGAGGUCAGCUUGCCUGGAAUGGUCUUCUUCGGGAGCGAACCUUUCCACCCCAUGCCGCCGACUCCACCGCUGAAGCAUCCAUCGGAUCCUGCAUGCUUGGUCGACCACGAAGGCGUGCCGGUGAACGGGCAGGCGGUGCGGUUCGCGGCCCGAAUGCUCGAGCUCGACUCGCUAGGCCAUGGCGGCAUCAAGAUCAGCAGCAGUCUCUCACACGGUUACGUUACCCUGAAGAGUCGUCACAUCUGCCGGCCAUUUCUCAAGGCCAUUGCCGGUGCCACCAAGGAGAUAGAUCCCGCGGACGCCCACGCGUGCUUGGCGUUCCCGGAUGCCGGUCCGAAGGCGGAGCAGGCGGUGGUGAUUAGUGGAUAUCAGACGGAGAGGCCAAGGCUAAGUUAUAGCUCCACUCUGUACGCCAUGAAGACUACCUGUGGAAACUUCGACCUCACUCUUCGGAGUUGGAAGUUGAAAUGGCAUUAUAUUGCUUCGAAUAAAGAGUUACAGUGA